AUGGAGGAAGAAUCCCCAACAGAAAGCGCGCGGCGCGAUAUCGCCAAGCGAGUAUCUCGAGCCUGUUUGCAUUGCCGACAGCGUAAAUCUAGAUGUGACCUAGACAGCAACGGCACAGGCAAACCGCCAUGCCAGCGCUGCGUUCGUGAAAACCGCGAAUGCGUCCUCGGCGGCUCUAAUCGCGGAGGUCGUCGAAUCCGAAAGAACAAAAUCCAAAAUUUUACACCGGCCACAAACACCUCGCCAAGCAAAGACUCCGACGCUUCAAGUCCGUCUAAUUCCGAAAAUCGUCAACAGUCAGCCUCCUACCCCGGCCCGGUGGUCUUCCUACCACCGAACCCGCCAGCGCCAGCGCAAGCAUCCGUAGAUGAAGACGACACCUCCAUAGGCUCUGUCCCACGCAAUCCAUCAGAUGCCUGGCAGUGUCUAACCGGGAUCGCAACGCACGCCCCAACCGAGCCCCGCGAGGCCCGCUCAGACUCAACCAGCUUCCCAGCAUACACGAACCUGCGCAACAGCGUCGUGUCUGAAUUCAGCAAUCCAACCACAGGCAUCAGAGCCUACAGACUGGUGCAGUCGAGAUCCCUCGACCCGGAAACCGUCUGGCAGCUGGUCUCCCGCUACGCAGAGAACUUCCACCCGUACCUCCCGCUCGUGCCGAGGAAGUACUUCGCCCGCGCGGCACUAGACGCCUUCGCAAGCUCGGAGAAACACCUGCUCACCGCCGUCCUCACAAUCGCCUCCAAGGACCUGGUCGACCAGCCCGAGAUCCACGAGUACUGCUCGAAAUACAUGCACGAACUGAUCUCCGGCAUAGCCGCCGGUGCGGAAUGCGACGUCGAAGCUGUCGAGGCGCUGCUUCUUCUUGCGGAAUGGGAGCCGCAGGGUCUACGCCCGCGCAUUGAGCGCGUCGGCCGAGGGGAGGAAGACCGCGCGGCGUGGAUGCAUGUUGGGCUUGCGCUGCGCUCGGGCUAUUUCAUUGGUAUGGAUAGGACUUCUUUCCGGGGUGAUCCGUUCGGCGACCAGGAGGGGGAGGCGAGGAGGCGGUUGGCGUGGGCUAGUUGUUAUGUUUCUGAUCGGUUGAUUUCUGUGCGGAUUGGGAGGGCGUUUUGGUCGCGUGGGCCUGGGCCUAUGACUGGUCUUGUUAGUCAGGAUUUUCCUUCGCUGCAGCCUGCUAAAGAGGGAGACGAGGAUUAUUCGAAGAUUUUCCAGGCUAUGCUUGAUCUUACACAGCUUUAUGGGAAUGUUCAUGAGGUCUUGUAUUCGGGGAUGAGAACUAGUAAUCAGAUGAUGUUGAUGGGGGAUUAUGUUAAGUAUGUGGAUGAUUUCCGACUGGCGAUCUUGAGGUGGAAGUCGCUUUGGGGCUCGUUGGAUUGCUCACCACCCAUGCGGGCGACUCUGCAGUUAUCUUAUGAGUAUCUACGUCUAUAUACGACUGCUUUUGCAUUCCAGGCGGCUAUUUCUCAAUCCCUGGCCAGACCCAAGACUGAUGCAAAAGGUCAACGAGAACAGCUGCGAUCGACUUUUAAAAACGUCGCCUCAAUGCAGGAUUCGCGGUUCAUCUAUGAGUCCGUUGAUGCGGCGAAGUCUUACUUGACCAUUCUGGUGGACUUGGUAGAUCCGGAGAAACAUCUACAUUUCAUGCCUCUCCGCUUCUAUUUGUAUGGAAUCUACUCUGCGGUUUUUCUUUACAAGGCCCGUUCCUUUGGCAUGAUGGUCCCUUCAGAAGAAGCGAAGGUCCAAGGCUUGGUGGUCCGAACUACUGAAGUCCUCAAACAAGCAAGCGCCGGCACCGAUGAUGUCGGAUCACGCUAUGCUCGUCUCCUAGAGCUUUUGUGGAAAGCCAAACCAACGAAUCCACCCACAGAAUCACAAACAAAUAGCGACUUCCCAAUGCAAACAGCCCUUCCUAACCCCGUCGCAGACCCCUACAUGCAAUUCAGCCCAGCGAACGACUUCUCGUGGCUGGACCUGGAAGCUGUAGGGGAUUAUGUCUCCGGGGACCAAAUUUCCGGAGGGCUCUUGGGGCUCGAUGCCUUCCAGAAUUCAUCCGAUAUGUACCAAGCAGGCCAAGACCGAUCGCAGUCCUGGCAACCAUCUACCUGGAUGGGUGAUAUGAGCAGUAAUCUUCUGUUCUAG